AUGCUUUUAAUCGCUAAAAUUUUAUUUCACUUGUGGUUUUUACAAUUUUGCGAAAGUUCCCUGCCCCCUCUUACAAAAACCCCAUCGAAUCUCCUCGCUAAUUGCGUCAACAAAAUACUAACAAACACAGUGAAUAAACACGAAAACGUCUACUUGAUAAACACCGACUUGAAGAUAAAUUUACCAGCAAUCACCCUCAACAUCACCAACUCACUGACGAAAUUCUACAAAAUCCCACCUCAGCCCCACGCCUACGUAAUAGAAACCCACUCCGAUUUCCCCUACAUAACCCAUCAGCUCCUCUUCAACGGGCUCCUGGAACCCCGCGAGGAACUCAUCAUUCUAACCGACGACUCCGACCUCACGGACAUCUUCGACACCGCUGAAACCUAUUUCAUGCACAAAUUCCUCAUCAUCCAGCGACAGGAAGUGGUCCAUCGCGCCGGCAACGCCCCCACGGCGCUCGGCAGCUUCGACGCCGGCGCCUUCGCGUUCGCCUCCAUGCAGCCCGGGAAGCCCCGGGACUUCAGCGUGGUGUACGUCCCGCUGCCCCCGUUCGUAUACAACGGCACCCGGGGCGUCAUGUCGGAGAUCGUGAACAUCAUAGCGGAUAAAUUGGAGAUCAGCGUGAGCUAUACGGCAUCGAAUCUAACCAAUUCGGAGACUUUCGUGGACGAUCGCGGUCACGCGUUCGGGAUCAUAUCGGAAUUGGAGGCCAGGAGAUUCGACGUGGUGCUCAGCUCGCUGAUCCGCUUUUCCACGGAAUCGUUGUACUACGACGCUUCCGAGUACAUAGCGGCAGACGAGGUGAGGUUCGUGGUAGCCAGAAGUCAUGCAGUGGACGAUUGGGCGUUGUUUUACAAAGAAUUCACGUGGUUAGUUUGGAUACUUUUCAUCGUAUCCCUCCUAAUUUCCUACCUCGUUAUGUACGCUAUACAACGUUGGUGGGAGAGAAGUGAAAAUUCGUCGUUGCUCGUCAACAUCGUUCAAAUUAUUCUGGAAGGUUCGUCUACGAUUCGAUCGGAUUCGUCGUCUUUUAAUAUAAUAUUCAUCUCGAUUUUGCUGAGCACCACGAUUUUCACCAACGUCUACAAGAGCAGGCAGUUUUAUUUCCUGAGAACCGAUCGUUCGCACCAGCUGAUCAAUUCCGCUGACGACGCCAUGAGGAGUGAGUUGAAAUCGGCUCUGCAUCCCACCGCUUUGAGGUUCUACAAAAACUCCAUUCACCCCAUCGAGAAGUACCUCCUGGCAGCCGAUCCCUACGUGUGCUCCGAAUCCUCCGCAUGCUUGGAGAAAGUAGUCAGAGAAAAGGAUCGGGUGGGAGUGGACGUUAUAAGGCACCUGAAGCACGAGAUAACCGAGAAGUACAUCGACUCCGAGGGUCGAUCGAUGAUGCACUUCCUGGAGGGUACGCCCGAGCAGGACGUGUAUUUCGUCGUGUUCUUUCUGAAGGGCCAUCCGACGUUCCCUCGCUUCCAGGAGCUGUUGUACUCCGUUCGGGAAUCCGGAUUGUCGAAUUACCUGGAUAAGAAGAUCGAUGGGUACUACGAGAAGGCCAUGGCGCUGGCGCAACCGAGCAGAUCGUACCGAGCCAGGGCUUUGACUUUGAGGACGCUCAGGUCCACUUUUUACGUGUACUUUUCGCUCGUAUCGAUCAGCUUCGUGGUGUGUUUGCUCGAGAUAACUGAAAGUUUAAACUCUUUAGAUAGUUGCAUUUAUCGAAUUCUACGGUCUAUCGACAACAAAACGAUUGUCUAUUCGAUAAAUACAGAAAUGAAUAAUAUCAACCUUCCUACGAUUUUAUAUGAUACUAGUAAAAGUUUUACCAAAGUGAAGAAACUAGCAAACUCACCAGAGUUUUAUAUCAUAAAAGAGGAUAACAAUCUCGCCAGCAUCAUAAAUACUUUAUACUUCGAAGGUCUAUUCAAUCCAAGAAGCAAAUUUCUAAUCGUAACUAACGAAUUCAACCAAUCAACCAUCAAAAUUUUAGACGAAUACUUCAUUUACAACGCAAUAAUUCUAACAAUUCAACGCAACUUCGUGAAGAACAACAGAAACCUAACCGUAAUAAAUCCUUCGAAUUGUUCGGGAUACAAAAACAUCUACCCCAUGGAACCGAGGAACAUAACCAAAUUGCGAAUCCUCCAUACGAAAUUCGCGCCCUACGCCCUCAACUCGAAGAAAGGAGUGGUCCCAGAAAUAUUGAAUUUAAUAACGGCCAAUAUGAAGCUUAAGACCUCGUAUAUUUACGAAAAUGCUUCCCUCAGCAGCGGUUACAUCGAAAAAAACGGGCGCGGUACCGGCAUGUUGGGUAAACUACAGACGAGACGAUACGAUUUGUCGUCGAGAGUGUUCUCUCCCGCCGAUCGGGAGCAUUUAUUCUUCGACAUAACCCAGUAUGUUUCCCAGGACUACGUGAUAUACGUGGUUCCUGCGGUAGUGACCAUCAACAAAUGGAAGAUGCUGUACGAGGAGUUUUCCUGCCACGUCUGGAUAUGCUUCUUGUGCUUCUUAAUAACAUUUUACAUCGCUUUUUAUUUAACUUCGAAGCACAAGCAAAAAUUUGAGAUGUUUAUAGACGUUCUGCGAAUGUUGCUGCAAGGAUCCUCGCCGAUUCCGAGGACUUACAACGCUUGUAAAUUGCUAUUUCUAGCGUUUAUGGUGUUCGUUUUCGUAUUUACGAAUCUCUACAAAAGCGUGCAGUUUCAUUUCAUGAUCGAAAACCUGCACACUCCGCUUUACAGGACCGAGGAAGAUUUGAGGAAGUACAAACUGAAGGCGAGCUUGCACACGAGCAUGUCGAGGCGGUGCAACAUCUCCACGAAUCAUCUGGAAAAUUACCUCUGUAAUAACAUCUUGUUCACAUGCAACGACAACGAGGUUUGCUUGAAUCAAACCGCUUUUGUGAAAAAUACGGCGAGCCUGGAAGGGUUGUUGCAUUUAAAAUACGUCGUGCCCAGAAGGUUUAUCGAUUCCGAAGGAAAAUCCUUGCUACGCGUCGUUGAAAACAACAAAACCCCGAUCUUUUUCUAUUUAUAUUUCCUCAAAGGCCAUCCGAUUUUCAGCAGGUUCAACAGAAAAGUACGAUCCGUCCACGAAGCCGGAUUUAUAAGACAUAUUAUCAGACAAAUCGACUGGAAUUAUGAUAAGGCGAUGGCUUCAGCAGCCAUUUCAACGGCUCUGGAACAAACUCAGCUUUCGCUGGAAAUGUUCCACUCUACUUUCUUUGUUUAUAUUAUUUUAAUAUUUUUUACCGAAAUGUUCCCAGUUUUAGUCAAUUCAGCCAUAAAUUUAGCAAAAAAAUUGGACCUUCCGAGGAAGCUACUAACAGCAAAUUUUCACAAUUUCAACAGUCUCACCAGCUUGACGAGACCCACGCUAUUACAACCCAUCACUCCUUCCAUCGUGCCCGCUUGCGGAUUCAAAAUAGCCGGAAUAGUGAAGAGAAGAUGUAAAAGCUGCGUGAUGGUUCGAACUGAGGAAAGAUGGCUAGUUCUGUGCAAAGCCAAGCCGAGACACAAGCAAAUGUCCAUGAUAAAAGAUCCGAGAAAUACCUGGAUUCUUUCCCACGCCACCCAAUCCAAAGUUAGACCUUGGUAGAUUCGAUUAUCUCUAUAAUUACAAUAAAAUGUAAGGUAGUUCGUACGUAAUAAAUUUGUACAUAAAUAAUAUUGUUUUGAAAUUGUAUACGACUCGUUUAAAG